AUGGCAUUAUCCCAGGCCCUACCCACCGCCAUCAACCUCCCUCCGAGGGCUCUGGCCCUGACCCUACCCUACCACCCAACCAGGACUUACUGCCGAGACGAAACCCUGUACGGGCCUACUCAGUCGACAGGCACGGCCGCUUGGUCUCACUGGCAAACAGGACACGCAGGUAUGCUUAACUCUCGCUCAACCCGCCUACGCACCGAGGCGAGAUGCUCAAGCUACCUGCGCGUACCGCGUGUCAGCCGACCACCACCCUACAAACCUCCCUCCAUAUCCCAGGCCCAACACAUCACCCAAUCAAAACUUACUGCAGGAGUCAGUCCACCAGUCAACCUAGUAUCAGAUACCAAGCAUUGCUUGAUGUCCAGACACGGGAUGACUCGACGUAUCACUCCCACAAGCCCGAUCAGUCGACCAGCACGGCCGUGGUGCCACUGCCAAAACACAGCGCAGCACCAACAGCAACAGCACAAACAACCAGACCACUCAAACGUCUCGCACAGCCCACCUAGCCUACUACGACGAGAUAUUUAG